AUGGCUUCUUCCUGCCCACACCCGUUUCUUGCCGAGUCGCUUUUUCCAGCCACCGGAGGAGGGCUCACUGAUGAUGUGCGAAUAGAGCUAUGGCCGAGCAUCCCCGUUCUCAUUCUACUCGUCUGGUUACUGGUCACUUAUGCCAUCUUCCCUGCAAAUGUGACGGACCGUCAUUAUCUAGCUGUCAGUCCAACGAUUGGAUUUGUGUGUAUUUCGAUCGCGUUUAUUAGCCCUAACAAGGGUCAACCGAAAAAGUGUUACAAUGAAAUCACUCCAAAUGACAUGGCAAACGACGCAAGAUGUGCUUUUAUGGCAGUCACCUUAUUUUUCGGGGCGUGGGUGGUAAUCCUCAGCUGCUUCUUCAGAUCCAUCGCACUGCAUCUUUCUGUCUUUUGGCAGAUCAAACCCGGCCCCACAUACAAGUAUGUCUCGAUCGGCCUCAUUUACCUAGGAUCUGCUGCACUCGUCGCCAUCGCCUUGUCCAUCACCGGUGCUGAAUACACCUUCGGCCGGUCGACCUAUCUGAGCCCAAACCACGCCGUAGCAACCUUCUGGGCUCCUUUCCUGGCCUUCUCCUCUGCCGCUCUGGUUAUCCAAAUCCUCACAAUAGCGCAAUGUGUCAUCCUCGUUCUCCGACCGUGGUACAAUUACCAGAAGCUAAAAUGGUCGGGUUACACUCCUUCUGCUAAUGAAGAGCGUAUCAUCGGUGCACAGCAAACAGCAUCCAGAAUCAGGAAGAUUAUACAGUUGCAAUGGCGAGCCUCUUUGGUUACAGUUCUGAUCACGAUCUACGUCUGCUUCCUGGCCGCUGUUUUCAUGCAGCUGCGCCAAUUCCACGAUUAUCCCCUGCCAGAUAGGCUCGCAUGGUUCGAGUGCCUCGCGUCAUCCAAGGGGGACAAGUAUUCGUGCCUUCCUCUCGCCAUACCUUUGGGGCCUAUUGAACCAGAACUCUGGGCCGUUGUGUUCAUGCUUGUGCUGAGUGGCUUAUUGGCCGUCGCCAUCUUUUUCCGUUCGUCAAUGAUUCGAGCCUGGAUGAACUUACUGAAAGGGGAGAAGCGGCCGAUUACUCCGGUUCAUCGACUGAGUGAGCUGACUGACCCGCCCCGACCAGAAAGUGAGCAGGACGAGGAGAAUGCAGCGCCGUCUGGCCGAAUCACCUACGAGGACCUCUAUGACUCAAACAGCCUGAUGAAAAGCCAGACGGUUCCAUACCACCAUGUGAAUUAG